GUGGGACUCUCAAGUUUAAGAAGAGCACACGAACUUCUUUCUGCCUUCUCACAGGCUCCAGAAUUGCUUCUAAUUAAGAGACAUAGAUUCAGUGUCAGCGUGGUAGAAGUUACUAGAUAUUGUGAAGAAAUCAGAGGACAAUUUAGCUGCAAAUAUAAAUCAGGUUCAUAUUGGUAAAAGAUGAAGGUGGCAUGUCAAAAACGGUUUUCAUUCCAGUGGUGGUUUGGAAUUGCUGUGCAGCUCAGCAUAAUCAUGCUCGGUGCCUGUUCUAGAAAGCUUUCGACGACUCCUCCUCCUCCAGUCAAGCUGAAUACCGAAAUUCCUCAGCAGGUAGUGAUUGGCAACGGCAUCGUUUCCCUCAAGUUGUCAAAUCCCGAGGGCCAUAUCAUUCAAUCAUAUACAGGAAUUCACAGUGUAUUUGAUGAGAAAAAUGCAGAAAAUGAUAGAGGGUACUUCGACGUAGUUUGGAAUGGUGCAUUUGAGAGAAUCCAGGGGACAAAUUUCUCAGUCAUAGUAGCUAACGACAGUAUAGUGGAGGUUUCAUUUUUGAAAAAAUGGACAGCUUCCCUGAAAGGCUCAAGUGUUCCCAUAAACAUAGACCAAAGGUAUAUUUUGCGAAGAGGCGAUUCUGGGUUUUAUUCAUACAUAAUAUUUAAUCGACCACCUGGAUUUCCUGAAGUGGUGAUUGACCAAAUUAGGAUUGUUUACAAACUCGACGACAGCAGGUUCCACUACAUGGCCAUAUCCGAUACUAGGCAGAGGGACAUGCCAACUGCGGGAGAUAGAGCAAAGAGUCAACCACUGGCGUAUAAGGAAGCUGUUCUCAUAACCCAUCCAUCCAAGGCAGAAUUUAAGGAUGAGGUGGAUGACAAAUAUCAGUACUCGUGUGAGAACAAAGAUAACAAGGUUCAUGGCUGGAUUUCUAGUGAUCCAACACCCGUUGGUUUUUGGUUGAUAACGCCCAGUGAUGAGUUCCGCCAUGCUGGGCCCGUUAAGCAAGACCUCACUUCUCAUGUUGGCCCAAUUACUCUUUCCAUGUUUGUGAGCACUCAUUAUGUUGGCAAGGAUGUAGAAAUAGGAUUUGCUGAGGGGGAGACAUAUAAGAAAGUUUUCGGCCCAGUUUUUAUUUACCUUAACACUGUUUCGGACCAAAAACAGUUUCGGUCUCUAUGGUCAGAUGCUGUAGAACAGUUAUCCAAUGAAGUUAGAAGAUGGCCUUAUGAUUUCGUUGGAUCAAAUGAUUUCAUUCCACCCAAUCAACGGGGAACAGUGGCUGGAGUGUUACACGUCCAAGAUGGAGGGAAAGCUCAACCUGCUAGCAAUGCUUACGUUGGUCUAGCUUUGCCUGGAUUUGUUGGAUCAUGGCAAACAGAAAGCAAGGGUUAUCAAUUCUGGACUCAAGCUGACAAAGAGGGUCACUUCUUAAUUAAAAAUAUUGUACCUGGGGAUUACAACUUGUAUGCAUGGGUUCCUGGUUUCAUUGGAGAUUAUAAAUAUGCAACAAAAAUUACCAUCAAACCAGGGGGCAACAUCAACUUGAAUUCAAUCGUUUAUAAUCCUCCAAGAAAUGGUCCUACUCUAUGGGAAAUUGGGAUUCCAGACCGCUCAGCUGCAGAAUUCUUGAUACCAGACCCUGAACCCGGGCUCAGGAACAGAUUAUAUUCCAGUAAUAGCCCAGACAAGUUUAGGCAAUACGGCUUGUGGGAUCGUUACACCAAGUUAUUUUCAACCCAUGAUCUCGUUUACACUGUUGGUGUUGAUGACUAUCACACGAAAUGGUUUUUUGCUCAUGUCAACAGGAACAAUAAUAACACAUACGUGCCAACCACAUGGCAGAUUCAAUUCCACCUUCAAAAUAUCAUUCCAGGAGGAAAGUACACACUACAACUGGCCCUGGCAUCUGCCAAUGAUGCUAGAGUGCUGGUUAGGUUCAAUGACCCGAAUAGGUUUCCUGACUUCUCAACGGGGCUUAUAGGAGGUGACAAUGCCAUAGCAAGACACGGAAUCCAUGGAUUGUAUAGGCUAUUUACUAUUGUUGUAGGUAGUAAUCAAUUGGUACAAGGAAAGAACGUCAUCUAUUUGACACAGUCAAAAGACGCAGGUCCUUUCGCAGGAGCAAUGUAUGAUUAUAUCCGCUUAGAAAGUCCUCCAACUAAAGCUACUUGAUGAGUUGAUGGUGAUGAUAAAUAGGCGUGACUUUGUUACAAUAGAUUUCUCUCAUCUCGCAAUUUGUAUAAAGGCAAUGCUUAUGACACAGAAGUGUAAAAGCAUGCAUCAAAUAAAACUCCAAUGAAUUGUAUUAACUCAAAUAUUUCUUCAAAAAAAGAAUUAUU